CCCGGCGGGCCAGAGGGCGGCGGCGCCUGGCCUUGGGGGACCCCGCUACCCGACCUCGCUCCUCUCGGACCAGCAGCUGCUCGCUCCAGCACCCGAGCAGGGCCCCCGACGGGACGGCGGACGCGAUCUGAGAGCGACCGAUCCUCCGAGGACGAACUUCUCGGGGGCGGGUCCCCGGUCGCCCGGUCGCCAGCUAUUGUCUGCGCGCCGCGCUCGCACGGAGGCGCGGGGGGCGUAAGCGCCGAGACCCGGGCCGGGCGGAGCCGGGUCCAGGGCGGCGGCGGGAGGAGCCGGGGCAGCCCGGGGAGCCGGAGGAGCGGCUGCGAGCGCGGGAGCCGAGCGGGCGCGAUGCCGGCAGCGGCGGGGGACGGGCUCCUGGGCGAGCCGGCGGCGCCCGGGGGCGACGGGGGCGCGGAGGACGCAGCCAGGCCGGCGGCGGCCUGCGAGGGAAGUUUCCUGCCCGCCUGGGUGAGCGGCGUGUCCCGCGAGCGGCUCCGGGACUUCCAGCACCACAAACGUGUGGGCAACUACCUCAUCGGUAGCAGGAAGCUGGGCGAGGGCUCCUUCGCCAAGGUGCGCGAGGGGCUGCACGUGCUGACCGGGGAGAAGGUAGCCAUCAAGGUCAUCGAUAAGAAGAGAGCCAAAAAGGACACCUAUGUCACCAAAAACCUGCGGCGAGAGGGCCAGAUCCAGCAGAUGAUCCGACAUCCCAACAUCACACAGCUCCUGGACAUCUUAGAGACAGAAAACAGCUACUACCUGGUCAUGGAGCUGUGCCCCGGUGGUAACCUCAUGCACAAGAUCUAUGAGAAGAAGCGCCUGGAUGAGUCGGAAGCCCGCAGAUACAUCCGGCAGCUCAUCUCUGCGGUGGAACACCUGCACCGGGCUGGGGUGGUCCACAGAGACUUGAAGAUAGAAAAUUUGCUGCUAGAUGAAGACAAUAACAUCAAGCUGAUUGACUUUGGUUUGAGCAACUGUGCAGGGAUCCUGGGUUACUCGGACCCGUUCAGCACACAGUGUGGCAGCCCUGCCUAUGCUGCUCCGGAACUGCUUGCCAGGAAGAAGUAUGGCCCCAAAAUUGAUGUCUGGUCAAUAGGCGUGAACAUGUACGCUAUGUUGACCGGGACCCUGCCUUUCACAGUGGAGCCUUUCAGCCUGAGGGCUCUGUACCAGAAGAUGGUGGACAAAGAAAUGAACCCCCUCCCCACCCAGCUCUCCACAGGGGCCAUCAACUUCCUGCGCUCUCUCCUGGAACCAGAUCCCGUGAAGAGGCCAAAUAUUCAGCAAGCCCUGGCGAAUCGCUGGCUAAAUGAGAAUUACACCGGGAAAGUGCCCUGUAACGUCACCUAUCCCAACAGGAUUUCUCUAGAAGACCUGAGCCCCAGUGUGGUGCUGCACAUGACUGAAAAGCUGGGCUACAAGAACAGCGACGUCAUCAACACGGUGCUCUCCAAUCGCGCCUGCCACAUCUUGGCCAUCUACUUCCUGUUAAACAAGAAACUCGAGCGCUAUUUGUCAGGGAAAUCUGACAUCCAAGACAGCAUCUGCUACAAGACCCAGCUCUACCAGAUAGAGAAGUGCAGAGCCGCCAAGGAGCCCUACGAGGCCUCCCUGGAUACCUGGACAAGAGACUUUGAAUUCCAUGCUGUGCAGGAUAAAAAGCCCAAAGAACAAGAAAAAAGGGGUGAUUUUCUCCAUCGUCCAUUUUCCAAGAAGUUGGACAAGAGCCUGCCCCCCCACAAACAGCCCUCAGCCUCACUCAUCACCCAAAUUCAGAACACCAAAGCCCUGCUCAAAGACCGGAAGACUUCAAAAGCAGGCUUUCCUGACAAAGAUUCCUUCGGCUGCCGCAAUCUUUUCCGCAAAACCUCCGAUUCCAAUUGUGUGGCUUCCUCUUCCAUGGAAUUUAUCCCUGUCCCACCUCCCAGGACACCCAGGAUUGUAAAGAAACUAGAGCCCCACCAGCCAGGGCCAGGAAGUGUCAGCAUCCCCCCCAAGGAAGAGCCACUGCUGCUGGAUAUGGUACGCUCCUUUGAGUCUGUGGAUCGUGAGGACCACAUAGAACUGCUAUCCCCUUCCCACCACUAUAGGAUCCUGAACUCGCCUGUGAGCUUGGCUCGGAGAAAUUCUGGUGAGAGGACCCUCUCCCCGGGGCUGUUGUCUGGAAGCACAUCACCUCUCCAAACCCCACUGCAUCCCACGCUGGUCUCUUUCAGUCAUGAAGCUAAAAGCAGCUCCCCGAAAGAGGAGGGUGUGUGUUCCCCUCCUCCGGUUCCCAGCAAUGGCCUCACACAGCCUCUGGGGAGCCCCAACUGUGUGAAAAGCAGGGGAAGGUUCCCCAUGAUGGGCAUUGGGCAGAUGCUGAGGAAGCGGCACCAGAGCCUGCAGCCUUCCUCAGAGAGGUCCCUGGAGGCCAGCAUGUCCCCGCUGCAGCCCACCGCCCCCUCCAGCCUCUCCUUUGACAUGGCCGAUGGUGUAAAAGGCCAGUGUUAACCUGGGAUGACAAGAUUCUGAGUCUCUGUGAGGACAGCAAUGGAACAGAGCUCCACACAUCCAUCAGGGCAUGAGCAGUCAACCUCACAAGAACAUCCUUUAUUCCUUCUACACAAUGUUCCCAGCUCAGAUCAGCUGCAAUCCACGGACUCAAAGCCCACACACCAAGCCUCACGUAGGAACCCUAUGAGAUGCUGAGAAUCUGGAGCUCCACUGGUUGCAGGAGCCAUCCAUUCCAGUCUGAGACCCUCUUUCCUACAACCCCUCUCCAGUCCUCCCCAGUAUCCCCCGGCUGGGCUCAGAGCUGAAAACCACACCUCCAUCUGCGGGACCACUCGGAUUUCCAGAUUGGUACCCAGCCUCCCUUCCCUCCUCUGCUCCAUGUGUGCCUCUCACAGACUGCUCUGUUCAGUGGCCAGUCACUGUCUCUCAGGGACCAUGCCACUGCAAGGACGUUCACACAGCCUAGGGAUUCCUCCAGAGGGAAGCAGCCCUUUGUACCCUACCGGUGAGUCCCUGUGGGAGAGCAGAAUUGGUGAGGCACAGUGCCAGACCCCAGGAACCCCAGAGGAAGAUGGGAUAGAGCCUCAGACAAAGAUGGGACCCAACCGUGAGAGCCCAGGUAGAAGAUGAAGACGGAAAACACUCAUUCCCAUGCACUGUUUUCACAAAUGGUCUUUUCUGUCUUUAUUUUUCCUUUUUUUUUUUAAAUUGAAACUUGCUAAGAUUGAAUGAACUUGUCCAAAGAAAUCUUUCUUUAUAUGAUGCUAUUAAAUUGAAGUAACUCUUUUUUUUUCUUUCUUUUCUUUUUUCUUUGAGUUAGGGUCUC